AUGCCGUCCACACUGUGGUCUGGGAAGCCUAGGGCACCGUUUCCCUGGUUCAAGCAAACUCGUAAUCAAGAGAUUGAAGAGGAGCUACUGGCGAGAUUCCGUACAGAAGCAGAACGUCAGUUUAAUAUGCGUGAGGCCUAUCAGAAAAAUAUCUACAUACGCGAUAAAUACUUCAGACUGGCAAGGAAGAAAAAGUUGUACGAUGAAUAUCGAAGAAAAGUGUUUGGCAAGCGGGUCAAAGAGGAGUACGCUAAAGCUUUACAUGCAGCUUUGCGGACGUCCUGGCAUCAAAUGGAGGCAAUCGAAGGGCUGAAGGACAUGGCCGCAGUGGAGAAGGUUGCUACCAAAGAAUCACUGGCGAAUCGAGAAGAAUGGAUACGGACACAACAGGAGCUCGAUAAUUUCGAUCUCAAGCGUGAACAAGAAUUGCAGACUGUGGAAGCUGCUUUGAUGCCUAAGGGUAAGGGCAAGGGUGCCAAGGGCAUUGGAAAACCUCCAAAAGGUCCUUUACCGAAAGGCCCAGCCCAGCCAGUACGGAAGCUGGCAGCCCAGAAAGGGGCGAAAAUGCCUGAUCAAAAGCAAGCAGACUUGAUUGAAAUGCCAGAUCUUGUUCUUAUGACCCAGAAAGUCGGUGAAUAUGUAGAAGCAGUGAAAGCCAAGAAGGAAAAGGAAAUUGUGGAGAAGUUUGAGCGACAACAACUUGAAAGGAAGGAGGGACUGGAGAAACAAGCUGCAGAUGAGUUGUUGAGAAAAGAGAUGGAAGAUUUGAAGUCGAGGGCAAGAUCGUGGGAGCGUUUGAAUGGCCAGGAAGCCAUCAAAUUGCAAGAGGAGCAAAGAAUCGUUCGAGAAGAAGAGGAGAGGCAGUUUGAAAACAGGCGAAUUCUGUCUUUGGCUUUGGUGGAGGCUAGGCGCUUAGAGUGGGAAGAGGCGCUUGCCCGCGACCAUGAAAUGUUUACUAUGAUGCGGGAGGACUAUAGUGAUGAAGUUUUCCAAGAAUGGAUGAAAUGGGAGGAGGAGAAGGAGAGGAGGUCUGAACAAAAACGGUUGAACCGAUUAAGGACGUGUACAGAGAUCAUUCUACAGAUUGUCACGCUCAUGGAGAUAAAAAAUGAUUACAAGGAUGAGUUUAACAGUGAGAUGCCUUCUUCGACCUGGCGUGGAUGGAAAACUUUAUUUAUCAAAGGGUGUAUACUUCCUUGUCCCAUUUGGAGUGACGAUCUUCCACCAGAGCAUCCGCGGUCUGAUCCAAACGAGAUCUUCGCCAAAGAAUAUAUGAUACAGUAUCUUGAGGAACAAGGAGAAUGGGAGAGUGUGUACGUCAUCGGAAAGAAUAAAGAACUUGGAUGUAUUCUAUGGGAAAUACUUGGUGUUGCAGACAGUCGCCCACCGCCAGCAUCUGAGCCAAUAAAUUUGACGAAGUUUAAACUCAAAAUGGCAGUCGUAGGUGCUCCAUACACAGGGAAGACAACCGUUGCAAAAAAGCUCGAGCUUGAUUUCGACAUUGUGAAGAUUGAUCUUCAAAAUGUGAUGUCUUCAGCUCUCGCCCUUGCUGAAGUUGAGGAGCAAGAGCAUAAAAUUCAGCUCGCAGAAGAGGAUGCCAAGAAAGCGGAGCUAGAAGCUCGAUUAAUAGAGGAGGAAAAGCAGAAAAUUAGGGAUGAUUUAAAUCAAGAAGCUUCAGGCAAAAAGGAGAUACUUUUGAGAGAAAAUCGAAUGCCGGAAGAGCCACCACCUGAGGCUCCACCGGCAAAAGGUCCUAAAGGUGAAAAGAAAUCCAAAGAUGAGAAGAGUCCAAAACGAGAAAAAGGUCAAGAGAAGGAAAAGGAGAAGGUAAAGGAGAAAGAGGAGAAGCAGCCUAAAGGGAAAGGGAAACAAAAGAUGGAGCAAGAAAAGGGUAUAGAUAUCUCUUCAGAUAAAACUUCUAAAGAGGAGGUUGAGAAGGUGGGUUUGAAACCGAUGGAGACAGCAAUGGGAAAUACUGAACAGCCGAAAUUAGUUUCGGAGACAGUACCGGCGCCCGUUCCGGAUCCAGUAGUAGAUUUAUCCUACUUAACACCAAAAGCACGCUUUGGAAUGGAUAUCAAACUGGCCCGGGAGAAAGGAGUACAGCCCCCUGCGCAGGCGCUUGCAGGUCUGGUAGUUUUGACUAUGGCAAACCUGAAAGAAUACGCCGAUGCUUUCGUUCAACUAGCAAAACCUACAAAAGGAGCCAAAGGUGCACCAGAAAAAGCAAAGAAAGAGGUUGCUAAGAAAGUACCCCCUCUGAAAGGAGGUAAAGGAGGUCCGAAGGGCACUGUUACGAAGGGUGCACCUGCAAAGAAAGGCACCUCCGUGGAACCAGAGGAAAAGCUAUGGGGCUUUGUCCUCGAUGGUUUCCCGAGCAAUGCCGAAGAAGCCAAGGCCCUGGAGCUGCAACUAACGGGAAUGGACCCAGACUAUAUGGCUAAUCAUCUCGCAAAGGCCUCGAAAAUUGCUCCUCCACCCCAGUUAGACAAGACGGAACUAUCAACUUCAGUACUGGAUGGAAUUUUGCAACUUGAAGCCAUCGAGGAGAAAGAAGCUCUGAAACGAGCGAUGGGCAAAGUACUAGACCCCAAGACAGGGAAAAUCUAUCAUCUUGAAUACGAUCCCCCUCCUACCAAAGAGAAAGGUCUGGCUCAGCGAGUGAAGCCAAUUGAAGUGCUAGAAGAUGUACGCACGAAGAUAAUUGCUGGAACAGAAAGUUGGGGUCGCUUGUCCGAGUACUUAGCCCAAAUCUCCAAUUUAUUUUCCGUGGCGCAAGUUGAGGAAGAUAACAAGAAAAUCAUUGACACAGAAGAACCAUGCAAUCUCGCUCAGAGGUUUUUAGAUGGAUGGAGCAAAACGCAGGCUGCUAAAGCUGCGGCUCAAGCUGCGCUUCAGGCAGAAUCAGCUACAAUCCAAGCCUUGGGUGACGCAGAAAAAGCUAAUCAGGUCGCCAGUGAGGUUGCGGGGCAGUACUGGAAUGCAAAACUUGCUGAAGUUGAAACCGAGAAAGGGCUGGAUGCUCUCGGAGGUAACCCAUUGGCCAAAAAGCUUGUCAAGGAGAAGGUUACUGUAACGUUGGCAAAGAAAUUUGAUGAAACGUGCAAGGCUGUACAAGAAGCAGAAGAGGCUGCAGACUCUGCACGUGCUUUUGCUAUGCAAGCUGAACAAAUGGCUCAUGAAGCUCAAGACAAGGUUUCUGAGGCAGAUCUGGAGUUCGCACACCAUGUCAAGGGGGAAGCAGAAGGAGCAGCAGAAUGCGCAAAGGAGGCUGCAAUUAGGGCAGAAUCCUCAUUGCAAAAAGCAAUUGCAGCCUAUGAGAGUGCAAAGGCAGCUCUCAAUCCCCCUCCCGAGGAAGAAAAGGCACCACCUGGAAAGAAAGACAAAGAAUCUGCCAAAAAAGAAAAAGAAGCUGGUAGUAAGGAGAAAGAAGGCUCAAAGAAGCAGAAGGAAGCUACCGGAAAAACCGAUCCUAAAGGUGCCAAGAAAGAAAUUGGAAAAGCCUCCGCGAAGGGUGGUUCGAAUGAGGCCAAGGAUGAUUCUUCAAGUCCCAUCAUUCCAAGUCAAGAACUUGUGUCCCCGCCAGAACCGAUCAUUCCUCCAAUCCUAGAAAAAGACUUGGCAGUCGAACUUCACGUUGAGUGGGAGAAGAUAGAGGCCAAAUACUUUCGCGACCUUGAGUCAGUGUUUUAUACAUUGCACCAAGAGCGAGCCAGAACACGAGAUGUUGUUGUGGAGACGGUAUCCAACUUUGUGGCUCAUCUCCAAGAUAGAGACGAACGGCAGGCGGUUUUCAAUGAUUUCCAGGAGAAAUACAACAGAGUGGAGAUGGCUGAUAGACGGGAUAAGAAAGUGAAGCCAAAACUUGAGCAAGAAGUAGUCAAACUUGAUAAAACCUUGAGUGGGUUAAUGGAAAUACGAACGAAGAAAUGCUGGGAACUAUCGGAACAAAGCUUGAUCUCCUUGUUACAAUCACGUGUUGCAUCCUUAGUUGAACUGUUCACGACUUUGGUUCAAACAGAGCUGGACAGGCACCUACUUACAUGUGGAUUUUUGAAUGAGUAUUUUAAAGUGAGCGCUGGUGGUGAACCAUCUUCUGCCCUCUGUUUCAGGCACAGAGAUCCCGAUACCGUCUUCAUUAACUUGAGAGAAAUAAGUAAUGAGCCAGUAGCGUCAUUUCCAGUACCAGGGUGGCUUAUCGCCCUCUCGUCACCGUUACCAAAACUUCACAAGGUUAUCAUGACAGCUAUGUCUGCGGCAUACGACGUACUGGGGACAAUUUUUGGACAAGGGCCAGACGCAAGUGAGAAGAGUAAAAAGAAAGGUGACAAAAGAGAGAAGGAAGAUAGUGAUAAGAAGAAAAAAGGCGACAAGUCAGACAAAAAGUCAGAAAAAUCAGCAAAAAAGGACAAAGGCAAAAAGUCAGAGAAACAAACUGACGAUGCUGAUGUAUUACAAGAAAAACCGAAAGAAAUAGUUGAGACUCCACCCCCUCCAAUUGACGAAGGAAUCCCACCAGCAGCAGGCCGUGAGCAUCAAGUCCUCUUACAGCGUUUACAGCGCAUAGCUAAGGUUGCAAUAAACUAUUUUCUUGAUUUGCAACCAAUUGUGGACGGAGCAUAUAGGCGAAUGGAUGAAUGGGGAAAGUCAAGGCUAAAUGCAGAAGCCGAAGUGGUGAAAGAGGUUGUGGACUUGGCAAAAGAAGCAGUGGACGAAAACAUUCCGCUUUGGUACAAAGUCUAUCUUGAUGGAGACCAGUUCAGGAUUGACGAAUCUCAGCUUCAGCUGGAGUGCUCAGUGUCAGAUCUGACAAAUCUUGACCUUUGGCACUGCAAAGUAAUGGAAACUCUUCUUACGGACUUCAGGAAGCUCUGUCAAGGAGGAGAGGAGGAGCCCCCGGCUGAAGGAAAAUCGAAAGGGAAAGGAUCGAAGAAGCAAGAAAAAGAGAAAAAAGAAUCGAAAAAGGGCUCGCAAGUUAUUGACCCUUCUUCAACAACACCAGCAGAACCAUUAAGCAACUUUGUCAGAGUGGGAGCUGCAAAGGCGGCAACAGAUCAAGUGUUACAAACUGUUCACACUUCUUUCAAAGAUGACUUGAAGGAAUCGCUGUUGCCUCGUCUACCAGCUUCAAAGAAAAAUCCUCGAGGCCCCUUCCAAGAUUGGCAAAACAUUUCAAACUUUAUGUUUCAGGAGCUUCUUGACGAUGAGAACAAAGCAAGCAAAUUCAUCGACUGGAGAGCUUUCUUAAUCGCUCUGGUGGAUGCUCACUAUCUGCACAUCAUAUCUAAUGCGACUCGUGAGGACCUAAUCAGCACACGAAAAGCAUUCAUUGAGUUUGCCACGACAGACAAGCCUCCAGAAGCUGCUGGUUUUCUCACUCUCGAAGAAUUUUUAAGGAUUCCUUUGUGGUUUGACUCGACCACUCCAAUACCCGAAGGAGAAUUCGACCUUGGAAUUUCGGUGAAAAUAUUUGUGUUCAACGUGCUGGAUGAUGGAGGGAAAGGCGUACCUUGGGUGAAGCUUCUUCUAUAUCUUUGCCGAGAUUCUGACCCAUACCAUGCUCUACAAAAGGCGUUCUGCGUGAUUUCUGGAACAAUAUCUGAUGAUACUCACUUGACACCCGAGGAAGUACUCCUAAUCCUUUAUCCAGGAGGCGUAGAUGCUUCGUGGAAAGCUGAGAUUGUCCCUUUCAUCAUGGAGGACAUACAGAAUUAUCUUUACUAUGUGGCUAGAGAGAAGUUCAUAAGGGCGGAGAAAGCAGAGGAAAGUGAUUUUGGUGGGUCCGAAGAAAGCGGUUCUCAUGAUCUAAGUGUGGAGAGAGCAAGCACUGAAAGUACUAGAAGUGAACAGGAGACUGUGGACGAUUUUCUAAAUUUUUCAUACGGAGAGUUCCCUGAGCUUAUCCAAGCAGAAACGGUGAAUGACUUCCUGGAGUCGCUGGCAACGGUUGCUCCUCUUGACGAAACCGUUAAGGAAGUUCCCAGAGAGAAGCCAUUCAUAUGCGAUAUACAUGACAUACCGACGAGACCUGCCAGGGAGUUGAGCGAUCCCGACGAGUUUGCCAUACCGACAACGUACACAGUAGACGAUAUUGUACGAACUGAGGCCAUGAAACGCUUACGGGAUAUGCUCUAUUGCAACUAUAGCUCAGACACUCUGCAGCUCUUUGAUAAAACUCCCAUUGAGGAUGAUCCGGUCGAGGAAACAGGUGACGGAAAACUAGAGAAUAAGAAGAACAAAGACGAGGGAGGAGAAGAAGGUGAAAGUAGUGACGAGAAGACGAAGAAAAAGAAGAAGAAGGACAAGAAGGAGAAAAAGGAUAAAAAGAAGAAAAAAGAGAAGUGA